GGCCCGGGCCCAGCCCCAGCCGGUCCUGGAGCUGCAGCUCCGCAAGGCCCGGGCCUUCCUCGCCUCCGGGCUCGGGGGGCUCCUCUAGGCCCCCAACCCAAACCAUCCCCCGAGGGGGGACCCCAGGAAAACGGACCCCCCACCUCCACCACCACCACCACCACCACCACGAGGAGGAAGAAGAGCAGCCCCCCAACCCCCGCCAUCCCAGAUGCACUGAGAAGCCCGAGGGGAGCCAUGGCGGGCGCAAGCGAGCGCAAAGGCAAGAAAGACGACAACGGCAUCGGCACCGCCAUCGAUUUUGUCCUGUCCAAUGCCCGGCUGGUGCUUGGGGUGGGUGGCGCCGCCAUGCUGGGCAUCGCCACCUUGGCGGUCAAGAGGAUGUACGAUCGAGCGAUCAGUGCCCCCAGCAGCCCCACGCGCCUCAGCCACGCAGGAAAAAGGAGCUGGGAGGAGCCCAGCUGGAUGGGCUCGUCGCGACUGCUCAACCAGGAUAUGAAGACCACCGUCAGCCGGUCCCUGCAGACCCUUCCCACUGACCCCUCGGCUUUUGACUCGGAUGGGUUCUGCACCCCGAGGCCAAAGCCGUCGGCCAAGAGGAGCCAGGUGGACCUGAAGAAGGCCCGGCUGCGCCUGUCCCUGCAGGAGAAGCUGUUGACCUACUACCGCGAGCGGGUGGCCAUCCCCGCCGACGAGCAGACCCGGGCCAAGCAGGUGGCCGUGGACAUCUGUGCGGAGCUGCGGAGCUUCUUGCGGGCCAAGCUGCCGGACAUGCCGCUCAGGGACAUGUACCUCAGCGGCAGCCUCUACGACGACCUGCAGGUGGUGACGGCGGACCACAUCCAACUGAUGGCGCCCCUGGUACUGGAGCAGAACCUGUGGUCCUGCAUCCCCGGCGAGGACACCAUCAUGAACGUGCCCGGCUUCUUCCUGGUGCGCCGAGAGAACCCCGAGUACUUCCCGCGCGGGAGCAGCUACUGGGACCGCUGCGCCGUCGGGGGCUACCUGUCCCCCAAGAUGGUGGCGGACGCCUUCGAGAAGGUGGUGGCGGGCUCCAUCAACUGGCCGGCCAUCGGGUCCCUGCUGGACUACGUGAUCCGCCCCGCCCCUCCUCCCGCCGCCCUGACGCUGGAGGUGCAGUACGAGCCCGCCCGGCGCCUGCUCAUCGACUUCCUGCCGUCCGUGACCCUGGGCGACGUGGUGCUGGUGGCCCGCCCUCACCGGCUGGCCCGCCACGAUACCCUGUGGCGGCUGAGCCUGCGGCCGGCCGAGACGGCCCGCCUCCGGGCCCUGGACCAGGGCGACGCCGGCUGCCGCUGCCUGUGCCUCAGGAUCCUCAAGGCCAUCUGCAAGUCCACGCCGGCCCUGGGCCGCCUCACCGCCAGCCAGCUGACCAACGUCAUCCUGCACCUGGCCCGGGACGAGCCCGACUGGGCGCCGGAAGCCCUGGCCGACCGCUUCCUGCAGGCCCUCAGGGCGCUCGUCGGCUACCUGGAGGCGGGGGUGCUGCCCAGCGCCCUGAACCCCAAGGUGAACCUGUUUUCGGAGCUCACCCCCGAAGAGAUAGACGAGCUGGGGUACACCCUGUACUGCUCGCUCUCGGAGCCGGAGAUGCUGCUGCAGACGUAGCGGGCCCGAGGGCGG